AUGGCGUCAUCAUCGGAACAAUUCUCAACAUCAAUAAUAUUCAACGAUCAACAACGUGAUCUCAUUCACCAUGUUGCGUUCGAUUUUCAUGGAAGACGGAUUGCUACAUCUUCCAGUGAUAUGAUGGUGUGUGUAUGGAAUUUGUCACCAAAUGGUAGCUGGAUUAAGUCAGCUUCAUGGAAGAGUCAUGGUGGACCUGUUUGGAAAGUAAUUUGGGCGCAUCCUGAAUUUGGACAAAUUUUGGCUACAUGUUCGUUUGAUCGAAGUGUAACGAUAUGGGAGGAAACGAUAUGUCAACCGAUUAAGACAAUAACAAGAAAUGCUCUACAUAGUGGCCAGAAACAACAAGAAGCACGCUGGAGACGUUGUUGUCAACUUGUUGAUAGUCGUCACAAUGUUACUGAUAUUAAGUUUGCUCCAAGGCAUCUUGGAUUAAUGCUUGCAACUGUGUCUUCCCAAGGAAUAUUACGAGUGUACGAAGCUCCAGAUAUUAUGAAUUUAUCGAUGUGGAGCCUGAAUCAGGAUAUAGUCGUUUUUCGAUAUCGCUGUAGUUGCCUCUCAUGGAGUACACAUCGCCUUACAAAACCGCUUAUUGCUGUCGGAUCGGAUGAUGCACAUACAACUGGAAAACGAGUGGUUGUAUAUGAAUAUCAUGACAAUCUUCGAAAAUGGCAGUUAUUGAAUACUCCAUCUUUAAAACUGACUGAGCCGGUGACGGACAUUGCUUUUGCGCCACCUGCCGGACGAUCAUAUCAUUUGCUCGCUGUUGGUUCUAAAGACAUUUGCAUCUUCAAGUUGAGUGAGGCAGGGAAAACAACUGGUUUUAAUGUUGAUUCGAUUGAGCGAGGUGGACCAACUGAAUACAACGUGAUACAGUUGGAAGCACUUGAAAAUCCAUCUCAUUCACCUGUUCAGGUUUGGCGCUUGGCAUGGAAUAUAACUGGAACAAUCUUAACAACUGGAAGCUCAGAUGGAUACGUGCGGUUAUGGAAAGAAAAUUUAUUGAAGAAAUGGAGUCUUGUCGCAACAAUUAAGUCAACGGAGGAUUACAAACCAUCUGAUGAUGAUCCGAGAGUUACAACAUCAAUAAGUUCACUUAUCAGAGAAAAUCAUAACAAACAAAGUCAUGCGGAAAUUGAUGAACUGUGGAAAAAAAAAGAUAUCGACGAGUUGAAAUCAAGAAUGUGUGGCAAGCUGUCAUUUGGCACAGCUGGUGUGCGAACAAAAAUGGAAGCUGGUUUUUGUCGGCUAAAUGAUUUGACAAUACUGAUGCUAACCAAUGGCUUUGCCAUGCACUUAAAACAUGUGUAUAAUCGUGAAAGCAAUGGUGUCGCCAUUGGUUAUGAUGGUCGUUACAACAGUGAACGUUGGGCUAAAUUGGCUGCGAAUAUAUUUGUUCAUAAUAGGAUCAAAGUUUAUCUAUUCUCGAAAUGUUGUCCAACACCUCUUGUGUCUUAUGCAACAAUACAGCUCAAAUGUGAUGCUGGUUUAAUGAUAACAGCUUCUCAUAAUCCAAAACAAGAUAAUGGUUACAAAGCCUAUUGGACAAAUGGAGCGCAG